AUGAGUCCUCCAUCAUUCCAACAAGAUCACCACUACCACCACCACCUGCAUCUCGCGGCGGUAAAGCAUGAAAGUCCCGCCACAACCACAACCACAACCACAGCCCAUACUAUUAACAAUACUAACAAAUGUAACAAUAAUGUCAAUCCAAAGAUGUCGCCUUCAUCGCUGAAGAUCCACAGGGACUCCCGUUUGAUUAAGAAAUCAGGUGGAUGCGAAGGGUCUACCAAUAAACCCCAUAAUCAACAACAACAACGAGGACCGGUGAUCAUCUACACCCAUUCUCCCAAAAUCAUCCACACUAAUCCUAGGGACUUCAUGUCCUUAGUCCAAAAACUAACGGGUAUGUCACGCAACGAGGGUGUAGCAGGCCCUACAGCUCGUGACGCUGAAUCCAGCAUCGCGAAUCGUGGGCCUGCUGCACCACGGGGUGACCAGCCUGAUCAAAAAAUGGUUAAGGCUGAAGGUUUAAUAAGUAUUACUGCAGGUAAUAACAGCAGUAAUUCUACGGAUGAUAACGAAAAUGAAUCAUCAUCUGUCAUCACAGACGAGAAUUGUAGCACUAGUACCACGGGUGACGUUGUUGGUCAGCUUAAUCCUUACGUGGGACCUCCAUUCUUUGAUCCACCACCGCCGCUGUUGCAAACGACUUGCUUGCCUAAUUUUCCGCCGUUCAUGGAUGGUUCGUCGGAUAUGUUAUGCUAUAGUGGUGAUCCUGCCAUCGGCGACUACAAUUACAUUGACUUUAACUUUCCUUAUAAUCAGAUAACUUGA